AUGGAGGGUGAGAUAAAUAAAUUAACAUCUGUAGAGACUGAGUACUUAGAAAAAAGUGGGAAAAAAAGAAGACAAAAAUCUAUUAUAGAAUGUAUAAAUAAUUAUAAUGAGGAAAACGUAGAAAAUGUAGAAAAUGAUAGAAUCCAAAAUAUUCUGGAUGAAAUCAAUGCAUCUAAUGACAUAUCGUCAACAAAUGAAGUAAUGAUUAAUAUGACGGAUGCUGAAAUGUCAGAAGAAGAUUUAGAUACAUUAGAGGUUAUAAGACAAUUAAGUUCUAUUAAAAUUGAUUCUGAUGAAGAAUCAAAGGAUAAGAUUGUUUAUAAUAAAAAAGAAAAAAAAAAAAAAUUAAAAAAUAAAAAAAAAAAUAAAGAAAAUAAAAAUACAUAUGUAUUUGAUAUCUCUGAUAUAGAGUGUGUAGAAGAUGCAAUAAUAUAUGACGAAUCUAAGGAUACUGAAUUUCCAGAUUUACAUGAAUUAUUUGCAGAAUAUAAUGGUAAAUAUUUUUUUAAUAAAUUAUCAUCUGUACAUGUAAACUGGAGUAAUAAAAUGAAAUUGUGUGCAGGGAUAUGUAUAUUUAAGAAGUCGGGGUACUGUUGCAUUCGCUUGUCGUUACCACUAUUAAAGCUGAGGAAAAUUAAAGAAUAUAGAGAGACCUUAUUACAUGAAAUGAUCCACGCCUUUUUAUUUUUAACAAGAAGUAAUACGAAGCAUGAUGGACAUGGACCAGAGUUUAAAAAACACAUGCACAGAAUAAAUAGAGCUACUGGAUUGCAUAUAACAAUUUAUCACAGUUUUCAUAAUGAAGUAAAUUUUUAUCGAAAUCAUAUAUGGCGCUGUACAGGUGUGUGUAGAAAAUACCCACCACAUUUUGGAUUUGUCAAAAGAUCCAUGAACAGACCUCCUGGAC